CCAUAAUUCAUUCAUAACAGCCGCUUCGAGCGCACAGGACUUGGAUUGGAGCACUUGUCCCGUUUUGUUCGUUGUUCAGGAAGAAAAUUUUCCGAGGGGUGCGACAACAAGAAAAUCUCAUUUAUUGUUUAUUUCUGCCGCUCGACGCCCGGAGCUUAGAGUUUUAUAAUAGGAAACACAUCGUGGAAAAUUUUUUCCGCGGUGUAAUCCGAGCCAGAUGGCAACGAUAGCUUCUUGCCUUGAUGAGAAGGUUGAUGAAGAAAAUUUUCCAAAAGCUGAGCCCGCUGUUUCUGAUGCGGUGAAGAAUUGUGAAGCGGCCAAAAAUGACGUGCAAGGACCGGAAGAGUUCUUGGACCCCUUUUGCAAUGCUGAUAAUCCGCAGAUAAUAACCUUCCAAGAUGUUACAUCGGCAGCAUUCAAAAUCAAGAAAGGUAUCGAGUACACGCCUUGCCCGAAAUCGCAUUUCUCGGAGAUGAUCGGCAUGGAUAUCUAUCUGAAGAAAGAGUUUCUUCAGUUCACCGGAAGUUUCAAGGAGCGGGGCGCCCGAUAUGCCUUGGUGAUGCUGACGGAGGAGCAGCGAAGAAAAGGCGUCAUAUCGGCAUCGUUAGGCAAUCACGCCCAGGGACUCAGCUAUCACGGUUGGAAACUCGGAAUCCCGGUCACGGUCGUCAUGCCCCUGAAGGCCUCGCUGAUGAAGAUACAAAAGUGCCGUGACUAUCAUGCCACAGUAAUCGUCCAGGGCACGGACAUGGGCGCGGCCAAAAAGAUUGCACUUCAAAUGGCACACGAAACGGGACUGACGUACAUCAACGGCUACGACCAUCCGCACAUCAUGGCCGGCCAGGGCACCAUUGGACUGGAAAUUGCGGAACAAGUGAGCAAUAUCGAUGCCGUCGUUGUUCCGGUCGGCGGAGGUGGACUGAUUGCCGGAGUUGCCACCGCCAUCAAGAAUUUAAGCCCUCAAACCAAAAUCAUUGGAGUAGAAUCAGAAAAGUGCCCCAGCUUCACAAUAGCACUGGAGAACAAAGCUCCGGUUCAUGUGCCGAUUCGGGAAACUCUGGCCGAUGGAUUGGCAGUGCCACAAGUCGGAUACAACGCAUUUGCCACAACCGUACCACUGCUGGAUAAAAUGAUAGUCGUCAAAGAAGAAUGGAUUGCGCUGGCCAUUUUGCGACUGGUAGAGUUGGAAAAAUGCGUUGUCGAGGGCGCUGGUGCAUCUGGUUUGGCCGCCAUUCUUGCUGGCCAUUUGGAAGAGUAUAAAGGCAAACGGAUCGUUUUGCUAAUAUGCGGAGGAAACAUUGACACUACUAUGUUUGGACGAUGUCUGGAGCGUGGCAUGGCUGCCGAGGGUCGUUUGCAAAGGUUUACCGUAACAGUUAGUGAUGGGCCGGGUGGAGUGGCAAAGCUCUGUAACUUACUGGCCGAACUCGGUGUUUCCAUUAAGGAUAUAAUGCAUGAACGUGCGUUCAUUCGGGAUGUACACAGCGUUGAGGUUAAGGUCAUUUGCGAAACCCGUGAUUGGAUCCAUGCCCAGGAAAUGCGAGAAUCCCUGCAGGCAACGUACGAGAAAGUAUGCUUUUACGAUCUUCCGAUGGCAAUCUGAUGGAUGCAACUAGCCAUGUUACUUUUAACUAAUCAAUUUGCUACAAAUUGGUAAGUGCAGCAACGUGAAUUUGCCUGGAAAAAAUGUCGAAAUCCUUGUUAUGUGAGAUUUGUCUUGAUUGUACAAUACAGCGUUUAAAAAUA